AUGAAGCGAACAGGGCGGAUCUCCAGAUUCCAGAUGAGCGUAAACACGACGAGGGACCUAUCGGAAUCAACAACCGACGACGAGUCGCCUCACCCCAGCCUUCCGCAGCCCGAGCUGAUGACACAGUGCAUCUCCGGCACUUGGAGAACCACGUACCUUACUGAGCAGAUCUCCAAUCUCACUCAGUGUUUCCACCACCGAGAAGCCCAGGAGAUGUCGUGA